UACUUGCAAAAGUUGCAAGUGUGAAACGUGUGAAACUGAGAAGUGCUAAACAAACAACGUGACUGGUGGUGGUUGUCCCAGUUCACCCUUUCGGACGGUCGGUACUCGGUACUCAGUCUUCCUACUCGGUCUGAAACCGAAUUGGGCUCAUUUCCCGGACGACGGAGAGACGGGAGGAAGGCACCCAAAUGGAAGGCCGGCCGGGUGAUGGUGAUGAGAGCGAAAGUGACUUCGAAACCUUAGCCGAGCGCGAGUUUUCGGCCGGAGGAUCCCUGGGGAGUGUCACGGCUUUUGCUUGUCCGUACGAAGGAUGUAGCAAGUUCUUCUCGAGGCAAAGUCGUUUGGCCACCCACGUGUAUUCGCACACGGGCCAAAGACCCUUUGUGUGCCCCGAGGCCGAUUGCGGCGCCUCUUACACCCGUCGGGCCCAUCUCAAGCGCCAUCACGACAAUCAGCACGUUCAAGCCGCCGUCCGGUGCUCACAGUGCGGUUUGGAAUUCAAUUCAAAGUACUCGUGUCAAAGCCACGUCAAGCACGCCCAUGAGGAUCCGUUGCGCAUUCAUUGUGCCUUCUGCGGGCAAACCUUCGCCAAGAAGUCGUUGUUACAUAAACACGUGUGUCCCUCUAAGUUGAGCCAUCAGAGUUCCCAAUCGCUCUCUGAGCCCCCGAGUCCUGCCCCCAAACGACCUCACGCUUGCUCGAUCUGUCAGAAAACAUUCGCUUUUCCCAACCGUCUUCGAUUACAUUUGAAAAGCCAUGAGCCUAAAGUUUGCGAUGUGUGUCAAGCCCAAUUCCAGAACAUGUCCUUGCUCCGGAAACACAAGGCCCAAACCCAUGCCCAUCGGAUGUCGGCUCAUCCUUGCUCCACCUGCGGUAAAUCCUUCAAAUGUCCGGCCAGUUUGAAAGAGCAUGAGCUCGCCCAUAAAGGCGAGGUUUUCAAGUGCCCCGCAUCAGAUUGCCAAAGAGAGUAUGCCUUCUUUCGCAAUUUGAGGCAGCACGUGUUUAAACGCCAUCCUGACCAGGAUUUGGGGAUCAAGUUCAAAAGUCUGAAAAGCUACAAGAUGAGCUUUACAUGCGAAUAUCCGGGUUGCGGUAAAGUCAUUCUGAAUCAUCGCUCUUACAAGCAUCAUUUGGCGCUCCACGAGCAAAAGCAGUUGCACAUCUACCGGGCCAAUCAAGCCAGAACAUCACCGGCCACGGUCCGAAAGGACAAGGGAAACAGCAAGAAGGCCAUUGCCGCAGUCCUGACUAAUCUGACCAUUGAUCCGGAUGUGAAUCGGGAGCUCCUGCAGGAUCGAGCCGUUGAAAUUCAAGCUCGAGACAUCGAACACCAUAUCAAUGAUGAUCCCGACCUGACGCCAAUCAUUUCCAAUGUCAAUGAGGAUGUUGUCAAUCACGACGUGUGUGGACGGGUUCUUCGGAAAAAAUCGACCACAAAGCAACCUUCUUUCGAUAGUAAAGGGUUGGCUUUUCUUUCUCGAGUGGCGUCCUAAUGUUGCGAUUAUUUUAUAUUAUUAGUUUGUAAGCCGUGCGAUCAAAGCGAAAUGCGGUUUUAUUAUUGAAAUGUGGAAAUGCAACGCAUCACUUUACAUUCA